AUGGCAACAAAUCACUUUAUAUCGCGUUAUAUAGUUGUUACUUUUAUUUGGCUAUCUUGGCAAACAGCUUUAAGUUAUACUAAUCAAAUACCAUCGGAUGCUAUCUGCCAAUUAUCUGUAAAAGAUGCGACACAAGCUUAUACUAAAUUUAAAGACUUGACUAAAUUGGAUUGGUCUAGAGUGAUUCUAUUUAAUAUGAGUAUAGGAAAUCGGAUUAUACCUGCACAUAAUGGUUGGAGGGGUACUUAUUUUUAUGCAUGGAUAAAAAAAAAUCUAGGUGAGGCUAUUUAUACCUUACCUACGACCUAUAUAGCCACGAGUCUAAGUCUUUAUUCUGUUUUCAUAUCCGAAUAUAAGUUGUCUCUUGUUGAAUCUACCGACGGCUGUUACGAUCGUCUGCCUGACUUAGAAAGUAAAGAUUAUAUCUUAUUCAAGGCACUAGCCGAAUUUACAGGCUUAAAUCGUAGUUGUAGCGGUAAAAAUUGCGGUACCGUCUGUCAAAGACAUUUUAUAAGAAACGAUGGAAAUUUUGCUCAUGAAAUUUACUAUUCAUGCUGUCCAAGUGGCGUACCGAAGACGGAGAUUAAUAUUAACGAGUGUUUCAUCGAGAAGAAACUAGAAUGGUAUGUUCCAUUGAUGGAGUUAUUUUCAGUUUGUUUAAGCAUCAUUUUAAGUGGAGCAGCUACAGACAAAAUUUUAAAUUGGUUUAUAACGGAAUUUGAAAGGGACAUUGAAAUCAAAUCUACUCGUGUUCGUGUAUUAAAUGAAUGUAAGCUAGAGCAUCUAGGAUACUUCUAUCUAUCCGAUAAAGCUGACAGUAAUCCUUGGAUACAUAUACAUCAUGCCUUUAAAUAUUGUAUAUUUACAGUAAUUUGUAUGUCAGCUGGGUUUAUAUCGAUAUUUGUACAGAAAUUUCCAAUAUUAUUUAUCCUUGUUCCUAAAAUGUAUCCGUAUAUAACACCACUUAUACCGCAUUUUAUCAAACAAAUAUUUAUGGUAGUAGCAUUAAUUAGCGGCGGUGGUAUAUUUUUUAUACUUUUAGCCGAUCUCCGGCAAUUUUGCAAAGCAAAAUAUAGAUUGAGUCAACAGGAACAACCUAAAAUAUCACAACGAUAUCGCUAUAUGUCGCGAAAUAGCAAUCGACAAGGCUAUUUUCAAUUAUUCAUCUAUAUUAACAAGAUAACUCAUCACUUAAGAUCAUUUCAUGUUAUAGGACUUUUCAAUAACUUAGUAGCAUUACUAUUCUGCUUGCUGUUUUUUAUAGCGGGAAGAGUAGGCACUUACCGUAGCGCAAUGUUUAUGACAGAAAUAUUAACAAUUAAAUUAAGAACUGCAUUCCUACCAACUAAUCCAUCUUGGCGAGUUCCUUGUUAUUUAAUGUCUAUGUUUUAUGCUAGCGCAGCAUUUUUAUAUUCCCUUGUUACGAUAGGCUUUUUAUGGAUUGGUCUUCAACUCGUUUUCAGAGUCAUUAUUACUGUAACAGCAUUUGUGGUCGCUUAUUCGGUUUACUUUAGUCUUGUUAUCGUUAUAGUGAUUCCAUACGUACAUUACAUUAUCCAAAUAUCUGAUGCUUAUAACAAAACUGAUAGGAUGAUACGAAAACGAAUAAUCGCCUUAAAAUAUACAGGUGCGAUAAAACGAAUAGUAGGCAAUAUACUACAAGCAAAUCAAGGUUAUUUGGAAGUCUAUGUAGCCAUGGCAUACGAUGAUAUCCUUAUAGAUUUACCAGAAAUGCUUGAAGAUGUUAACAUCCGAAAAUACAUCAAGAUCUAUGUUGAAUGGAUGAAUCGCAAGCCUAACCAUCAGAUUAUCGAUGGAAACUCGAAAAUUAUUUUUGAAUAUAAAAUAUUACAAGAUGGGAAUGUUAAAGUUAAAUUAAAGCAGUGUAUUAAUGGCUGCACUAAUUGUCCGCAAGCUGAAAAGAUCAAUCAUAUGCUAGAAUAUAUAGCUCAAUAUUUAAAGAAUAGCAAGAUCGAAGGCUUCGAAAAAAAGUUAACUCAGAUUUACUAUCCGAAAGAAGUGGCUGACGCAGACGAUAAAAAUAGUAAUGAAGGCAUAAGUAAUGAUAACGAUAAAUCUGACAAUAAAGAUGAGAAGAAAGAUAAAAAGAAACACGAAGAUAGAACUUGCGAUCAGCCUGUUGCUAUUCCUUUAGAGUUAUAUCAAUAUCUACGUUAUUACGCUCCUCAAAUAUCAAUCAGUCUAUGGCGUGUAUUCUUCAAUAUUAUUUUUGUAAGCGGAUUAUUCUUCAUAUUUGUUUUAACAGUUUUACUGGAUUAUAAGAUUCAAACGUUUUCAUCGUUAAAUUCUGCUAUAGCUAAAACACCUGUUAUCUAUGUAGCUACAAUUUUAUCACUUAAACAUCUUAAAAUAUCAGAAUUAACAGAAGACGAAGUUGACGAGAUUCUACUUACAUAUAUUGUUAAAUAUCGAAGAGGAUAUCAAUUCUUUUGUACAGAAGGGAUACAUUUUCAACCUGUAGUUCAAGCAUAUCGGAUGAUUUUUGUAAAUUUUAAUCAAAACUCAGACGAUGAUGAAGAAAUGCUGCAACUUGAUAGCACGACGUCGAAUAAUAUCAGUCAGUCAAAUAAUACUAACCAGUUAAAUGAUGUGAAUCAGUUGGAUAAUAUGAAUCAGCUGAAUAAUGCAAAUUCGCAGAAUAAUCGAUUCAUUAAUAAUGGCGAGAUUCAAUUUAGAUAUAUUUUAAAUAUACUAAGAAAUGCUUUUGGAUAUCCUAAGAAACAUGACGAUUACGACUUGUUAAACGAUAAUUCUGAAGCUAACAGCACUGUUUCAUGUUAA